GAGCCGCCCAGAACAGCCACCCAUAUUGCUCUAUCUCUCUCUUAUAAUAUCUUGUACCACACACACCAUCAUAGAAUAGAGAAUCUCUGGAGAAGAAAUAAAAUCAUCGGAAGAAAGAAAAGAAAGAUGGACAUACAUGCACAACAACCCAUCUUCAUCUUUCUUUCUUUUCCCUUGAGCUCACAUGUACAAUAACCUAGCUAUUCACAAACUCCUCUUUCUUUCGAACCAUCUUUUUUAGGACAACAACAUCUCUUUCUCUCUCUCCCGAUCUCUCUCUCGAUAUAUGAUGUCCUCCCUGGAGGACUACUUAAGAUCUCUAUCUCUAGAUUAUCUAAAUCUUCUGAUCAACGGACAAGCCUUCAGUGAUGUAACUUUCAGUGUGGAGGGUCGUUUAGUCCACGCUCACAGGUGCAUCUUGGCUGCUAGGAGCCUCUUCUUCAGGAAAUUCUUUUGUGGGCCAGACACCCCGGCCGGGCUCGACGCCUCCUCCGUCGGAAGCGGGUCCAGGUCUGGCGGUAGUGGCGGCGCGUUGGCCUCAUCGCCCAGGGGUGGACCCAAUUCGCAAGUGAUACCGGUGAAUUCAGUAGGUUAUGAGGUGUUUUUGUUGAUGUUGCAAUUCUUGUACAGUGGUCAAGUCUCAAUUGUGCCUCAAAAGCAUGAGCCCAGGCCUAAUUGUGGGGAGAGGGGUUGUUGGCACACACAUUGCACUGCAGCCGUUGAUCUUGCUCUCGAAACCCUCGCAGCCGCUAGAUCUUUCGGUAUUGAACAGCUCGCAUUGCUCACUCAGAAGCAACUGGAAAGUAUAGUAGAGAAAGCGUCAAUUGAAGAUGUGAUGAAGGUUUUGAUAGCAUCAAGAAAACAAGACAUGCAUCAGCUUUGGACUACUUGUUCCCAUCUGGUUGCGAAAUCGGGUCUUCCUCCCGAAAUUCUGGCCAAGCACCUCCCGAUUGAUGUUGUGGCCAAAAUCGAAGAGCUUCGUUUCAAGUCCACCCUUGCUCGUCGGUCUCUCAUGUCUGAACAGCACCACCACCAUCACCAACACGACCUGACCGCGGACCUGGAAGAUCAGAAAAUUCGGAGAAUGAGACGAGCAUUGGACUCGUCUGACGUGGAACUCGUGAAGCUCAUGGUGAUGGGAGAAGGUCUCAACUUGGACGAAGCGCUCGCCCUACAUUACGCCGUGGAGAAUUGUAGCCGAGAGGUUGUCAAGGCAUUGCUGGAACUCGGGGCAGCUGAAGUGAACUACCCGGCUGGACCCGCGGGCAAAACGCCCCUCCACAUAGCCGCCGAGAUGGUGUCCCCGGAUAUGGUGGCAGUUCUUCUUGACCACCAUGCAGACCCUAAUGUCCGUACAAUGGAAGGCAUUACCCCCCUAGAUGUCUUGCGAACCCUAACCUCUGAUUUUUUAUUCAAAGGGGCCAUCCCGGGGCUAACACACAUCGAACCAAACAAGCUUCGGCUAUGCCUCGAGCUUGUUCAGUCGGCAGCAUUGGUGAUCUCGAGGGAGGAAGUUGGUGGCGGUGAUGGAAGCGGCGGAGCGAAUACUUCCACAACUAUAUAUCCACCGCCAAUGGGAAAUGAAGAUCAUCAUCACAGCAGCGGAGGAGCGCGUGGUGGCAAUGUAGGUAACUUGAACCUCGAUUCGAGAUUGGUUUAUCUCAACCUCGGGGCUUCGUCGCAUAUUAAUGAAGGAGAUAGCCAAAGUGACGCUAUGAAUCGAGGUGGUUGUGAUCCUUCAUCCAUGUAUCAUCAUUCCCAUCAUAAUUAUUAGUGGAGCUAUAUUAAGAGCCCGACUCUAUAUAAAUCUAUAUUUCUAGACAUAUAUUCAAUCUUCGAGUGCUCGAUGAGCAAAAAAUGGAUAUUACUACCAUGAAUUUAUUUAUGAGCAUUCACCUAUAA